AUGAAGAACGCGUGUAGAAGUAAAAAUGUUAAUACUCUCCCAGUAACAAAUACCGGAGCUAUCUUCUGCAACAAGGAGCAAGUGGCAGCUUGCCAAACACACGAGGUCCAUUUUCCAGACACAGAGAGGGCAGAAUGGCUCAACAAGACUGUAAAACAGAUGUGGCCUUUUAUUUGCCAGUUUGUUGAGAAACUCUUCCGGGAGACCAUAGAACCAGCAGUAAGAGGAGCAAACAACCACCUCAGUACCUUCAGUUUUACCAAAAUUGAUAUUGGUCAUCAGCCUCUUCGGAUAAAUGGUGUAAAAGUGUACACUGAAAAUGUGGACAAAAGGCAGAUCAUUUUGGAUCUUCAAAUCAGUUUUGUUGGAAACUGUGAAAUUGAUUUGGAGAUCAAGAGAUACUUCUGCAGAGCUGGUGUGAAAAGUAUACAGAUCCAUGGCACUAUGAGGGUUAUCCUGGAACCACUAAUUGGAGACAUGCCCCUAAUUGGAGCACUAUCCCUUUUUUUCCUGAGGAAGCCUUUGCUUGAGAUAUAGUACGAAAUACUCUAUGCAGUCAGAGAUGUGCUGUCUCUGCAUGGCUUAUCAGAUACAAUAAUAUUGGAUAUAAUAUCCAACUACCUGGUCCUUCCAAACAGAAUUACAGUUCCCCUUGUCAGUGAAGUGCAGAUUGCUCAGUUGCGGUUUCCUAUACCAAAGGGUGUUCUAAGGAUACACUUUAUUGAAGCUCAGGACCUGGAGGCAAAAGAUACUUACCUGAAAGGGAUUGUCAAAGGAAAGUCAGAUCCUUAUGGAAUCAUCCGUGUGGGCAACCAGAUUUUCCAAAGCAAGGUCAUCAAAGAAAAUCUCAACCCGAAAUGGAAUGAAGUUUAUGAGGCCUUAGUAUAUGAACAUCCAGGACAGGAGCUAGAGAUUGAGCUCUUUGAUGAAGAUCCAGAUAAAGAUGACUUCUUGGGAAGUUUGAUGAUAGAUUUAAUUGAAGUUGAAAAGGAGCGUCUUCUGGAUGAGUGGUUUACUUUGGAUGAAGUGUCCAAAGGAAAAUUACAUUUAAAACUGGAAUGGCUCACAUUGAUGCCAACUGCUGAAAAUCUAGACAAGGUGCUAACAAGCAUUAAAGCUGAUAAAGACCAAGCCAACGAUGGGCUUUCUUCUGCAUUGCUUAUUCUCUAUUUGGACUCAGCAAGAAACCUGCCUCAUAAUCCAUUAGAAUUUAACCCUGAUGGCUUGAAGAAGGCUGCUGUUCAGAAAGCCCUAAAGUCAGGAAAGAAAAUAAACAGUAAUCCCAACCCACUUGUUUUGCUGUCAGUUGGACACAAGGCACAGGAAAGUAAGAUUCGGUACAAGACCAAUGAACCAGUGUGGGAGGAAAACUUUACUUUCUUUGUACACAAUCCCAAAAGACAAGAUCUUGAAGUAGAGGUGAAGGAUGAACAGCACCAGUGUUCUCUGGGGAACUUCAAGCUGCCUCUAAGCCAGUUGCUGGAGAGUGAAGAUUUAACUAUGCAUCAGCGGUUCCAUCUGAGCAACUCUGGUCCAAACAGCACUAUAAACAUGAAGAUUGCACUCAGGGUCCUUUGUCUUGAGAAGCAAGCAAGAUCUCCAGAUCAUCAACACUCAGCCCAAGUAAAAAGGCCGUCUCUUUCCAAAGAUGCAAGAAAAUCGUCUUUCAAGCCUCAGGUUCCUGUCUCAACGCCACCUGAUUCAAACAAACCUGUUCCACCUUCCCCAGUGACUGAUAGCGAUAAAAAGGCUGAUACAGCAGAAAAAAGUCAGCCUCCCAAUGCCAGCCCUCAGUGGCCAACAGAUCUCAGCCGAAGUUCCUCCAGCCUUCAAGCCUCUAACUUCUCUUAUUCUCCCAGCCACCUCUCGGUCAAAGAACCCACUCCUAGCAUAGCCUCAGACAUAUCUCUGCCUAUCGCCACGCAGGAGCUGCGGCACAGACUACGACAGCUUGAAAAUGGAACAACUCUGGGGCAGUCUCCCUUAGGACAGAUCCAGCUAACAAUUCGUCAUAGUUCACAAAGGAACAAACUGUGUUCUUCUUUGUUUUUCACUUCUCUCAGAAAUCUAAUAGCGUUUUCAGAAGAAGGAUCUGAUCCAUAUGUGCGAAUGUAUUUAUUGCCUGAUAAGAGACGAUCAGGAAGAAGAAAAACACAUGUAUCAAAGAAGACACUAAACCCAGUGUUUGAUCAAAUAUUUGAUUUCAGUGUUUCCCUGCCUGAAGUACAGAGAAGAACGCUAGAUGUAGCAGUGAAGAACAGUGGUGGUUUCUUGUCCAAAGAUAAAGGGCUGCUUGGCAAAUUAUUAAUACCUCUGGCAUCUGAAGAACUUGCAAAAGGCUGGACUCAGUGGUAUGAUUUAACAGAAGAUGGUACAAGGCCACAUGGUGCAAGUUAG